GGUGGUAACCCUGCAAAAUGGGCAUUAAAACUACUCUGCCUGCUUAUGAACUGGGCCUGUAUGCUCUUGUGGUGUUGUGUGCCAUCGUUUAUAGCGGCCAUGACAUCUUUGAAACCUCUCGAGAGAGCAUGAACCGAAAGACCUUCCGAGAGAACGUAAGACCAGGAUGGCAUUACUUUGGCAGGAAGAUGGACACAGCUGAUUUCGAAUGGGCCAUGUGGUUCACUUCAUUCAGGAACUUCAUCAUAUUCGCCCUGUCGGGUCACGUCCUCUUUGCCAAGAUCUGCUCCAUGACAGCUCCUCAGCACCGGUCCGUGGUUUACAUGGCGUAUGGAGUACUGGCUGUGUUGGGCACGAUGGGAGGCACCUACCUGAUGAUCGUCCUUUCUCACUGUCUGGUGCUGUACACCGUUGCCCUGGCUAAACAGAAGUGGUUGUGCUUCGUCGCAGGGCUCUGUAGCCUGGCCUCCUUCAAGGUGGAGCCGUUCAGCACUUGGCAGAAUGGGUUUGUAACAGGAACUUUUGAUCUUCAAGAUGUCCUCUUUUACGGAGGAACCGGCUUCAGCAUUAUGCGCUGCAUGAGCUUUGCGCUGGAGAACUGUGACAGGAAAGAAGGGAACUUCUCCAUCUUUGCCCUGCUGAAAUACAAUUUCUACCUCCCCUUCUUCUUCUUCGGACCUGUCAUGACCUUUGACCGAUUCCAUGACCAGGUACACAUCAGCGACCUGCAGCGUAAACAGAAUGAGAUGUGGUACAUCCGACUCCAUGCGCUCGUCCACCUUGCGGCCAUCGCGGCUGUGGACGUCUUUUUCCAUUAUUUCUAUAUCCUGACCAUUCCUUCGGACAUGAAGUUUGUGAACCGCCUCUCAGACUGGGCGUUGGCCGGCCUGGCCUACUCCAACCUGGUGUACGACUGGGUGAAAGCGGCCGUGAUGUUCGGGGUGGUCAACACCAUCGCUCGGCUGGAUCACCUGGACCCCCCUCAGCCUCCCAAAUGCAUCACCAUGCUCUACGUCUUUGCGGAAACGCAUUUUGACAGAGGAAUUAACGACUGGCUAUGCAAGUAUGUCUAUGAUUACAUUGGCGGGAACCACGACAACAUCCCGAAGGAGCUGCUAGCGACCAUCUCCACCUUUGCCGUCACCACCCUGUGGCUGGGUCCCUGUGAGAUUGUUUACAUCUGGUCCGUCUGCAACUGCUUUGGCCUCAAUUUCGAGCUCUGGGUACAGAAGUUCUUUCAGCGGGAGACGUUUGCUGAGAUAGAGGCCAAGAUGCCGGAGGCGAUGUCCCGACGGAUCAGAGGCUUCUUUGGAGCAGCCAAUUUUUGGGCCAUCGUUCUCUACAACAUUCUCGCCCUCAACAGCUUGGACUUUGCCCUCGUUGUCACUCAGAGGAUUCUCCUAACAGGUUUCCCCCUCAGCACUUUAUCCAUCUGGUUGAUCACUUACUGCGGCGUGCAGCUGAUCAAGGAGCGGGAACGACUGCUGGCCAUCCUGGAGGAGAAGGAAGGCAAGGAAAAGGGCGAGUGACGGA